CAUGGCGGAUAUCAACGCUAACAACUUUGGAAUGCUAAUUUUAAAGUUCUUUCACUAUUUCUAGCCCUUUGGUAACCGAAUUUUCACUUACAUACUGGUUAAACUACUAACUGGUCUUCAGCUGUAUUCUAACAAUGCGACAAAAAGGCGGAGAAUUCAUGUGUGAAUUGUUAUUGUCCACUUGACGACAAACAACUUUCGGUAUUGGUGUCCUGGUCAAAUUCAAUUUUCAUGCUUUAGAAACAUAUUUUUCGGCAAUGGCAGAGGACUUGUCAAGCUUCAUUGAAUCUCAGAAGCGGAAGCUUGAACAGGAAAGGGCCGAAAUGUUACGGGCUCAAGAAAACGAGGACCGUAGCAGAACAAGUCCGAGAGGAUACAAACCUGAUGACAGGUAUGGCCAAGUGGCUCCUUCUCCAGCAUCUGAGUCAAGGACAAAGGCUAAAGUAACAACCCCUGAGCAAGACAAUGGUGUAGGGGGCCUGAAGCUUGGAGGUUAUGAAAAACACCAACAGAGGUUGCGUCAAGAGAGGAAAGAGGAUUAUAGAAAAUAUUUGGCAGAGAAAAACAUCCGCAGCACAGGGAAAGCUAGCCCUGCUUUAUUGGACACCAACACAUCCCCUUAUCCAGGAUACAAGUCACAGGGGUCCCAAACAAGGAGGGAUGAAUACAGGAAUGAUGAUGACUCCCACAAAAACAGAAGAAGAGGAAAAGAAAACUAUGAUGAUUUGGAAAAAGCCCAUGAUGUCAAAGACAGAGGGGAAAACAGACAACCAAGCAACUUGUUUGAGUCCUAUGAAGAUAUCUUACAAAGAAAGCGUGCCCAAGAGAGAAGAUAUAGAGGUUUUGAUGACUAUGAUUCUGGACCAGAAAGGCCCAUGAGACUGAAUGCUCCACAGUAUAAACAGAACUCAAGAAGUGAUGGAUAUCUUAGUCGGAGAUAUGAUGAUGAUGAUGAUUAUGAUAGUUUCAGUAGGAAUCGACCAAGAGCUAGGAGGGAGAAAAGCUUUGAAUCAAAGCGUGUUCGUUUUCAUGGUGAUGAAGAUUUGGAUAAUGAUGCAUGGGUCAAGCCUAGAAGAAAACUUGAUUAUUACGAUGAUGAAGAUGAAGAAGAGGAACUUUUAGACUGGGUGAAAAGAAGAGGAAAAAGACCACAGAGGAGAAAUAGUGCUCAUCUGCCAGAAAGAGAACCUCCACCAGAUGAAACACUCCAGAGAAGCAAAACAGACACUGGUAUCAGGUCACAUUCAGCCCCUCUUGAAGGAGCUGGAAUUAUUGGAGGUUCGCAGGAAUCAAAGGUAGACAAGGCCAAGAAACAGGAGCAGUAUAAGAGGGAGCUGCAACAACAAAUGCAAGAGCAGGCAAACAUCAAAAAAAGAGAAAAACUGCUUCAUUUGGGAGUUGAGGAAAAUGACAGUGGGCCAGUGAACUCACAGCUUGACAGAACCCCCCCAAAUACCAAUAGAAGAUCACAUCCUCCUCAAUCACAAGGCUAUGACACAUCCCUAGCCAACUAUGGACCUAGUUCCAGACCUCCUCCUCACCCUGCGAUUCACUCAAAUCCUUAUGAUGACCCCUACUACUAUUAUGGGUCUCUAGAAAUGGGGGCUCCCCAAGCCCCUUCAUUGAAUGGGCCUUUGGAUUCCAGAAGAGGUCAAGCAAACAGGGGAGGCCUAAAGCUGGAUGGUGGAAUGUCUGAAGGUUACACCACUCCUGCUCCAUCAUCCUUUCCCCAGGGGAAUGAGGGUGAGUUAAGCCCUCACUCCCGUCUGCAGCCCCCAGGGGGUUAUAGUAGUUUUGGAGCAGGCAGUGAUGAUCCAGCAUUGGUAGACAAGAAAAAAGCUGCUCAGCAAGCCUAUCAAGAAGAGUUAAAGAGACAGAUGCAGGAAAGAGAAGUGAAGAAGCGAAAAGAAAAGGAGGAAAAGGAGAGAUAUGACAGGAAGAUUGAACAAGAAGCAGCUAAUUACAAUCCUUGGGGUAAGGGUGGAGCUGGUGCACCCAUAAGAGAUUCUGGAGGACAACUUGUUGCAAACUUACGUACUUUAAAGCAGUAUAAUGAUGAAGGAAUAAAUGUCAGCCCUCGGGAACAACCGCCUCCAGUAGAGACCAGAUUUGAUUUAUCAGCACCUAGUGUUCCUUACUUAUCCCCAAGACAAAGAGGGAACAUUCAGACCAGUCCAGCACCAGCUACAGACUUAUCUGGAAAUGGACCAAGGACAACAUUUGGAAGGUCUGAUCCCCUCAAGGAAGCUCAGCCACAGGAUGAUCUCAAAAGAGCAGCCAAACUGGAGUACCAAGAGCAUCUCAGAAAACAGGUUGAAGAAAAGGAGAAAAAGAAAAAGGAAGAACUUGAGAAAAUAAAACGAGAGGAAGAAGAAUUGGAAAAAAGAAUAGCAGAUGAAAGGCUAAAGAUGCAGAAAGAUUUUGAGGAAGAGCAAGAAAAAACUCGAAAGAAAGAAGAGGAGGCAAGAUUGAAGAAUGAACAGAUUAAGGAAGCUCAAGAGGCAAAGAAAAGAGAAGCAGAGAAGAAGAAGAAAGAGAUGGAGGAACAGAGGCAAGCAGAGCUCAAGAGAAAACUUGAUACUGAAUUAGCAGCCAAAAAAGCUGCUGGUCAGGAAUCCUCAACACAAGAAAGAAGCAGUUCACCUCCCAUCCCCACUGUGCUCAAAAGAAUGGAGGGGGAUGGUGAUGUUACAGCUAACUUCAGGUCAUCAUCACCUCCAAUUCCAGCAAUAGCUAACAAACAGACACCACAAAAUGCAAAUGGGUAUGUUGCAGGAUCUACUCCCCCUCCAAUGCAGGCCAGAAGAGGGCCAGAACCUGUCAGGAGAGAUGCACCAGAUAGAGAUGUCCUGAGUCAGCUGACAGCACUCAGGCAACAGCUUAAAAAUGAAGAGAAAAGAGUGCAGCAGCAAAUGGAUCAUUCUACGGCUGUGAAAAGUUACUCUGAGAUGCAGAGAGUUCCUGAAGACCUUGAAAGUAGAAGAGUUAGAAGGGAUGUUGAUGUCUUUGACAGGGCUCUUGCCAACAAAACUGCUGUUGUAAAGAAAGAUACUGAGGGAUUUUCAGCAGCUGAUGAGUUUAACAGGAUGAAAUAUGAAGAAACAUCUUCUCUUGCUGGGGAAUUUAGAAGCAAGUUUCCAGAUCCAGUGUCCACUGGCAGUGUGUUAGAUCUUCAACAACAGGCCUAUCUCAGAGAACAAGAAGGCAAACUUGCAGCAUUGAGAUCAAAUCCCAGCAAAAGUAACAAACAGUCUCCUAGAGGUGGACAACCUUACCAAUUGGCAAGACGUCCACCAAGUCGUGACUCUCUUUUGGAAUCAGAAAGUCAAUUCCUUGCUGUUGAUGACCCAAAGCAACUGCUUCCAAUAGAACAAAUGGUAUCAUCCAGGCCAAGGCAAUCAUCUGCCAGAGAAAGACGGAGAUGGAAGCAACUUGAAGAAAUGGCAAGAAAUCCUAGACCUCAUGACACUUACAAGCCUCCAACCCCUGGUGGUUUCUCUUUAAAUUCUGUCACAAGUUUUAAUGUGGAUGAAGUAGCAAAUAAGAAUGAGGAGAGGCUAAAAAGACUUGAACUCAUCCAGCAAGGACGUGGAAGCAAGAACAGCUUGCAAGGUGACCCUGAUCAGGUCCUACAACGAUUCAUGGAUGGUAGAAGUCAUCCUUCCAUCUUUGGCAGUAGACUGUCAGAAGCCUCACUUGAAGCAGAAACAUCUUUUGAACCCAUAUGAAACCUGCAUGGUCUACUACUCUAGCUGUGUGUCAAAGAUCUAAUCUCACCUUUAUUCCUUUGCAAAGUCUAUAAGUUUGUACUUGAGAUAGCAGGCUAGCUUCCCUGCUAAUUUGAGAAUUUUCUCAUGCAAACCCUUGCACCCAGAUACUGGAAUGAAACUUAAUAGGUUGUACCU